UGAGGCAGCGUAAAAACCACAACCAGUCGUCUCAAUAUAAAGGCUUACAUCUUAAGACAACGCAACAAUUUGAGUUCAGCUUCUCGACUGGACGUUGCAAAGUGUUUAUUUAAAAUUGGAACAAAAAUGUACGCGAGGUUCAUCUUAUUGUUAUGCUUAUUGACCGUGACGUGGGGUCAGCGUUUGAGCGAGGCCGGUAGUUUUGGCGCACGGAACACAGGUGGCUAUGGCUUGUUGAAACCCGGUUAUGGGAACUAUGGAGGCUAUAAUGGUAAUUCGGGCUCUUCAUACCCGGGUUACUCGGGUUCAACAUACUCGGGAUCCGGAUAUCAAGGCGGCUAUUCGGGAGUAGGAGGUUACAACCCCGGAAAUGGAGGAUACAACACUGGCUAUAAUGGUUACAACACCGGCUAUAAUGGUUACAACACUGGUUAUAACGGUUACAACACUGGCUACAAUGGAUACAACAACGGAUAUAACACAGGUUAUAAUGGAUACCCAGGUUACAACACUGGCAUUACCGGAGGAUACCGGCCAAACCGACCUGGAUACGAAUACAACAGACCAGGGUACCAAAGCGGCGUAGGAUACCAGAACUACAAUCAGGGCGGGUACCAAGCCGCAUAUAAAACCGGGUAUGACAGACUCUAUGCAACAAAUAGUGGCAAUUACUUCGGCGGAUACGCAGAUGGUUAUGACAAUGUAAGACUGAGUAGAAAAGCCGAAGAAAAGAAAGAAAAUUCAGCUUAGGUUUAAGUAAACUUCAUGUAAAUAUAUAUUUUAUUGGUAA